ACAAGAGAGGCUACAUGAUGAGAAACGUGGAUUUGCUUACCAAGCAGACAAUUCAUCAGAAACCUAAUCUUGACACCAACAAGCUCGUCGUGGGACUAGGAGGUUUAGGCCCAACAGAGUGCUGGAGACAUAGUAAACGAAAAGUUCCCAUCACUCAGCCCGUUUUCUUCCUGCAGAACCGUGGGCUGAUGACGGUCAAUUUACGUCUACCGUCUGUUGGGUCUCCAGGACUCACUCGCGUUGCUAGAGGGUGGUGCAGUGACAGUUCCAGGGUGACCGCAUCAAGCUCCUGGGGCACCAAGGGCCUGAAGAUUGGACCUGGAUUCCGGUGCACAUGCAUGUAUCCUGGUCACGGCCACACCCGAGAAUUACAAAUCGACAAUCCCAUCAGGAUGAACUCUUACACAAGGACGAUGACAGUGGACCAUGAUUCCAAGUUCUCUACUUUGCUAAAGAACCUCAAGUCUGCUUACGACUCUGACAUGCGCUGGAAGUCCAUCGCGCAUUUCAAAUUUACCCGGAGGGUCGUCAAUGCCAUCAGAUGACAUUUUUAAAAACCCGUGAUCUUGAGACAAAUCUGAGAGGAAGGUGAUCACACUUCAAAGUUCAUUUCAAGCAAAUGUAUUGGGUCAUGACGUUCCUAUGAUCGGUGAAGAACGUCAAUGCUGAAGUUUGCAGAAAAUCGGGAUCGCAACCAUUGACUCUUAGAACUAGAAAUAUUAUUUACGGUCAAGAGCAAAUUUUUUAGUGUCCAUAUGCAGUAGUAAUGAGGAGAGUUGAUUCGUCGAGUAGGUAAUAAUGAAAUCCCUGCGAGUUGUGCGGUGAAAAUGCGAAAUCUGCGCAUCCGAAGACCGCGAGCUGGAAUUAGAGGGGAAAGGAGGAAGCUUCACGUCUUCGAACAUCUUCUUACAUUGUACGCAAGUAAAUAGAGUGUUUUAAAUGAAAUAAAAGAAUCUGCACGCAGACGAGUUGCUUCGUAA